AUGCAGAUGUUCAGCCCACUGACAGCUUGGUUCUCAAAGGAUAUACCUUAUGAAGUAAAGGUCUCCUGGAGGGAACACGGAGGGACUACACAGACAUCAUCAUCAGCAUACUUUUGGUUCGUCAAGGAUCCUUAUCAAGUGGAUGCUUACAAGGUGAUCACAUCGUCAGACGGUGAAUAUGUAUCAGCGAUCGACUAUCAAUGGAUUGUGCACUGUCUACAAGAUCAACAACUAUUAGACUGUGAUGCAUUCGUUAUCAACAGGGAUGAGGUAUUGUCAAACAUACACAUCUACCACGAGAAUGUCAAGUUGGAGGAAGAGAGGAAGGCCAAAGAGGCUUUGAAUCAUUAUCAUGACGUAGAUGAUGCAAACUCAUUAUUAUUCGCCGCUGACUGUGACUACAUACCGCCUAGUGUAGUCGCCAUCAAACAAAGAUACUCAAAUGCAAAGAUCCUAAACCCAAAUGAAGACACAGUGUAUCAGAGUAGACAGAAGCCUACACUCGAGGAAAUGAGCUUUGCCAAGUAUACUGUGUCAGUCAAGCAAAUAGAGAAACUGACGACAUCUUCUCACUUGGUGGAUGACGACGAUGAUGUACAAAUGACAACCUCCGCACCACCCACGACGACUACGACCACAACUACAACGACAACAGCCUCAAACACUAUGAAAUCACCAACAUCAACGACAUCAAAUUCAUCAUCAUCAACAUCUUGGGCCUCACCAACUCCUCUAAUGACAACUAAUCCUCCUCCUCCAUUGACAACAUCUCCACAACCAAUGUCACCCAUAGUCAUCAACACCAACUUCUUUGACAACGAGAUAUUGGCCACGGCGCCACACUCACAGAAUGACGAUGUUGAUGACAAUCCACCAUUGUCGCCCAUAUCACCACCAAACAACAACAACAACAACAAUGUCGAUAACAAUGGCAAUAAUGACGAUGACUACAAUGACUACAGUUUCAACGAUAAUCAGAACAGCCAAGACUUCCCAAUCGCCACACAAUCAAGCGAAGGCUCCUUCUUCAGUAGGCCACCACCAAUGGACACUGAAAUCAAUGACAUCAGUAUAACGCUCGAGGAACGUGACGAUGAUGGAGACAAUUGGGCACCUCUGCAUACCACUCGCUCAAGCAACUUCACCAUCAAGAAAAUCAGCAGCAACAACCUCGUUGACGAUGAGGACCCAAUCCAAGACGACUUUGACGAUACCCAAUAUCAGUUUACCAAACAGAACGUCUCACGAGGGACAAAGUUGGAUACACCCACCAAGCCAAAGCAGACUCCGCAGAUAUACGGUGGAACAUCCGUCGAGGACCAGGGUCUGGACUUCCCAGUCCCAGUGUUCUCCCCAUCCAAGCCCAAGAUCGUACAGCAGGUCAGCCCGCCAUCCCCUGCACGCCUUGUAUCAAUCAUUAGCAAUGAUGACUACAGAUCAUCAUCAAAACCGACCACCCCUUCCAAACCGCUAAACCGAGCGACCAAGCCUGCUCCACUGCCCUCUGACGCAGAGGUCAUCGACUUGGAUUGA